AAAUAUAUAGCUAAAUAAAAAAUGAGAUUUCAAGACAAAGUGGUGAUUGUGACCGGUGCUAGCUCAGGAAUCGGAGCAGCAGCUGCAAAGCUGUUGACUGAAGAGGGCGCCUCUGUCGUUAUGGUCGGUAGGAAUAAAGAGAAGCUUGCAGCAGUAGAAGCCCAGUGCGCAGCCCUGGGAAACGCGCCCCUUGUCAUACAAGCUGAUGUCGCCAACGAUGACGACGCCAAAAGAAUCAUCAAUGAAACAAUUGAGAAAUACGGCAAACUCGAUGUACUUGUCAACAAUGCAGGCGUUGCAAGAUACGGGAACAUUUCGGAUGGAAGCAUUAUGAAAACUUACGACGAAGUGCUGAACAUCAAUUUACGCGCCACAGUCCACCUCACAAGCUUAGCAGCACAGCAUUUGGUGAAAACCAAAGGAAAUAUUGUUAAUAUAUCUAGUAUAGCUGGAACCGUGCCUUUACCUAGUAGUGUAGCUUAUUGUGUAUCUAAGGCUGGCAUGAAUCACUUCACUCGAGGUGCUGCUCUGGAACUGGCACCACAUGGAGUCAGAGUGAAUGCCAUCAGUCCAGGACCUGUGCACACUGACAUUAUGGUUAACAGCGGUAUUGAAGUCGAUGUAACGAGAGUUAAUAGAAUUAGGGAUUUCACUGCUCUAGGAAGAAUUUCUCAACCAGAAGAAGUGGCUGACUUGAUAGCUUUUUUGGCAAGCGACACUGCUAAAGGAAUCACUGGAUCAGACUUUGUGACCGAUAAUGGUGCUAUAGUAAAACAUUGAAUAGUUUAUUGUGUGACGUAUAAUAUGUGUAUGUUAUAAAUAAAUAUAUAAAUGAUUUUUGUCAAACUAGUUGGUGUUUGAAUCAGUUUUAUUACGAGACGGUCCAUACUUUCGUUAAGAUCUGACGAUUGAAUGACAAAUGCCUUAUUUGGUUUUUAAGUAAAAUAAUUAAACUAAUAAUGCUGUCCCGGUAGGUACCUAAAUUAAAAGGGCUGAUGUUGCUAUAACUAAUAAAAAAAAUAGACCUCGAAAUUUUUAGAAGUUUAGCUUUUUUGUGAUUUUUAUUUAAAAUUCCGAUGUCGUUGCCUUGUCUCUUUUGAUAAUAUCCCCAACCCCGUGUGCCGUGGAGCUUAUACUUCUCCAGGCCAAUUUGAAAAAUAUACACUCAAACUGAAUACCCACUAUGCUCUUCCUCUCUUAACAAUGGAGGUGUUUUUUUUAUUUUUGUUAAUUAACCAGUUGAUAAGGUGUAAAGAUUUUAGAAUAAUGAUUUUUUGCGACCAA